AUGAACCCAGAGACAUCAUGGACACAGGUAUAUACUGAUGGAUCUGCAACAAAUGCAGUGGAAAACAGAGGGGCUGGAAUAUACAUCAUGGACCCUAGUGGCUACCGAGAGGAGGCACAUUUUUCUACAGCGAAGCACUGCACAAACUAUGCUGCAGAGGUUGUGGCUACCAUUCAUGCUGCCCACAUCAUCAGCACCAGAGAGGAGAAAUGCUCACAUGUUGUCUUCCUGACUCUUGGAAACAACAAGCUUGACCGACUUUCAGAAGCCCUACAUCCUAUCAGCAGUGUCAACCAAGUCGUGUUACAAUGGAUCCCUGCUCACUGUGGCAUACCAGGAAAUGAAAAUGCAGACAGACUGGCAAAACUGAGUGCAGCUAAAGAACAGGAGGAUAAUUGGGUGAAUUACGAAGAGAUGAAAUCCCAUAUUAAAUCUCUCUAUAGACCUCCCAAACAAACCGUCAAGAACAGGUAA